GUGUGAGUCGGUGUGACGCGGAUAACGUUUACGCGCCAAUCACAUCUUGCCUUUGCUCAUCAUGCGCCACGACGCAACCCCUCCCGCAUCCCCCGCGCGCAAGCGGCAGAGACUCCUUUCAUCGCCCAACUACGAUGAUAUGCUCGGCAAUAUAAGCCAGGAGGAGAUCGCGGUAUUCGACAAGAUCAACGCCGUUCAUUCACGUUCUUCAUCCCAAAUACUCAUUGCCAACGAAGGCAGCUCGGAUGCGCGUCCUCACUCAGACGAGAAUCCCUUUCUUGCAGGCCCAGCUACCGACGCGGGGGCGGGAUCGAGCGCGAGUUCCGGCUUCCAGGCAGCGUCCCACAUCCCCUCCUUCAAGCCCGCGUCCGCGUCCUUCCAGUCAGCUUCGAAACUUCCCCCUCAAUCUGGUUUCACUCUAGCAACCAAGAUCCCCCUUGUCGCAGGAGACACUGGAUUCAGCUAUGAGCGCUCCCCAUCCCCCGAAGCACCACCAGAACGUGAUUACUCUUCCUGGUUCAGCGCAGACGCCCCUGCUGCUGCCGUAGAAGAACCUUCAUUUGUUGCCGCAUCAGCCUUUACACGCGCUGGCGCCAUUCCUGCCUUCCAAACCGCCUCAUCUGUCGCCGCUGUCCCUGAUAUCCCCGUUAUCGGAUUCCAGAAAGCAUCCAACAAGGGUGUGCUCAUGCCUUCAAAGGCUGCAUUGGAGAAGGCCAAGCAACGCCUGAGCGACAUCUGGCAAGAUGACACUGCCGAUAGUGAGCAAGGCGCAGAUCUAUCAAGCAAUGCUGCCGCGCCGCCACCUGCCAUCCCCGAAACGCCAGUCCGCCCUGCACUCCGAGAGAUUCCCCAGUCGGUCAACUCUGCCUCAUUGACUACACCCUCAUCCUCGAAACCGCCAUCUAUCAAGGCACCUCUACCGAAUCGUCCUAAACCGUUCAAAUCACCUUUGCUCGCUCCUGGCGCUGUCAAGAAGUCAUAUGCGAACUCGCCACUCAAUCCUCAGAAUCCGCAUACGUCAACUUUCUCAAAGGCUAGCUCGCAACUCUCGGCUCACCCUCAAGCUACGCCACAACGACCAGUGGCCAGUACCAGCUCUUAUCAGACUCCUCAAGUAAGGCGUCCGCAAUCGCGUCAUACCCCAUCGGCCUUUAAGACGCCGUUCAAGCAGGGUAUGGGACCAGGGCAAGCGGGUCGGCUCGAGCUGGAGCGGAAGCAACGCGAGGAGAAGGCGAAGCAGGCCGCCGCCGCUAUGCUUUCUGCGACCCCGCAGAACAAGGGCAAGGCUCCAGAGCGCGCUGUGACUCAGAAUGCCAAUAUGCCUACGCAUACACCCAGUACACGAAGUCAGAAGAGCUUAAGUGUGAGGUCUAGCAAGAAGCCUUUGUUUGAAUCCGGUCUCGAGCCUCAGUCCUUCACCGCAUCCGAGCUCGUCGAGAUGGGAGUUACGAACCUUGCCGAACUCGAGCAAAUCACCCCGGCGACCGCCAUCGACUACUUCUUCUACGGACCGCCAGGACCAAGUGGUGAGCCCGUCGAGCUCGGCCCUCCGGAAGCGCUGGCCGCACUCUUGAGGAAGGGCUGCACGCUUGCGACGAAGCCGUGGGUCGACAAUCACUGGUGUUUGAUCUUGUGGAAGCUGGCAGCAAUGGUGGCUUUGGAUCCAGAGGACGAGACGCGGCCAAAGGAUGCGCCGAAGCGGUGGUGUUGGGAAGAAGUGAUCAAUCAGCUACUCUAUAGGUAGAUACGAGCGCGAGCUCAACAGCCCCUCUCGCCCUGCCCUUCGUCUCAUCACCACUCGCGACGCACCUUCGACAUC